CAGAUUCUUAAGAAGUCAGAACCUCUAGGCACCAUUCUAAUUUCCCAGAAAAUCAAUUAGCCCAAGCUAAUUUCCCAGAAAAUUCCUUUGCAUACAGUCUGCCCACCAGACCUCAGAAAUUUUCAGACCAUAAAUAUCAUCACCACCAUACCCAGGUGGUGCGGCUGCAUCCGACGACCGAGAAACCAAAGUACGCAGAUCCAGAUCAUCUCGCGUGAGUUACACGCGCCGUCAGAAGCUUCCGCAGCAACGCACGCGCCGGCGCGUGACGCCGUGUUUCUGGCCGGAGAUUUGAUCGGAACUAGUCGCCUGACACUCGCCUGAAAAUUCUCUACCAGGAUCUGUUAACGAAGCAGAUUAUUGAUAAAGGACAUGAGUCAGCUGGUCUUUAUAUUUUGGAUACAUCCAUCACAAAAGGUAUCUCUUGUCUUGGGGUUGGGACUUUGUUAGAUGCUCAUUACCGAUUAGGACAUCCAUCUCUCCCAUUAAUGAAGCAAAGAAAUCCCCAAUUUAAUAAGAUGACCUCUUUGCAAUGUGAGUCAUGUCAAUUUGCGAAACACCAUCGUACUAGCUUAAGCCCGCGAGUUAAUAAACGAGCAAAUGCUCCAUUUGACCUUGUUCACUCUGAUGUUUGGGGUGCUUGUCCGGUUGUGUCUAAAGCUGGUUUUAAAUAUUUUGUUACCUUUGUUGAUGACUAUUCUCGUAUGACAUGGUUGUAUUUCAUGAAACGUCGAUCUGAGUUGUUCACUCAUUUUUCUUCCUUUUGUGCUGAAAUUAAAACUCAGUUCAACGUUCCUGUUCGGGUAUUAAGAGGAGACAAUGCCCAAGAAUAUCUAUCUGCUACAUUUAAGUCAUUUAUGCUUCAACAUGGCAUUAUUCAUCAAACUUCAUGCGUUGACACACCUCCUCAAAAUGGAGUUGCAGAACGAAAGAACCGACAUCUGUUAGAAACUGCAAGGGCUCUUCUAUUCCAAAUGAAUGUGCCUAAACAGUUUUGGGCAGAUGCCGUGUCUACUGCAUGUUUUUUGAUAAAUCGGAUGCCAUCUUCUGUUUUGAAUGGUAAAGCUCCUUAUCAUUGUCUAUUUCCAAACAAAGAGCUUUUUCCUAUCCCACCUAAAAUAUUUGGUUGCACUUGUUUUGUUAGAGAUGUUAAUCCUCAUCUUACAAAGUUAGAUCCCAAAUCAUUAAAAUGUAUUUUCUUGGGUUAUUCUCGAGUCCAAAAGGGGUAUAGAUGUUUUUGUCCGAGUACUGGUCGGUAUCUUGUUUCUAUUGAUGCAUCAUUUCAUGAAAAUACACCUUUUUCAUCAUCUAAGGCAGAUAUUCAUGAGAGUAAUGAUGAUAUACUCAUUUACACGAUGACUAUUCCUGAGUCCACACUUUCGACAAAUAUUCCACAAGUUACUGUUCCUGACCAUAGGCCUCCCGUACAUUUGGUAAUACACCCGUCGACACAAAGCACCUGAUCACCCUCCACCGGCGAUACCUGUGAUUACUUAUCCUGAUACUAGUUCGACUCCGAUCUCAUGUCCUGAACCAGUACCUGCAUCUUCAAAUCUUGUCUCCACAUCAGAUCUUGACCUCCCAAUAGCACUACGUAAAGGUACACGGUCUUGUACUCAUCCUAUUUCUUCAUUUGUGUCGUACAAUCAGUUAUCUCCUGCUUCAUGUUCUUUUAUUGCUUCCAUUGAUUUUAUUUCUGUUCCCAAAUCUGUCAAAGAAGCUUUGUCUCAUCCUGAAUGGCGUCAUGCCAUGGUAGAGGAAAUGAAUGCUUUAGAUCUUAAUGGUACUUGGGAUUUGGUUGACUUGCCUACAGGGAAGAAAUCUAUUGGAUGUAAGUGGGUCUUUGCUGUUAAGGUUAACCCAGACGGAUCUGUUGCUCGGUUGAAAGCCCGAUUAGUUGCGAAGGGUUAUGCUCAAACCUAUGGUGUUGAUUAUUCUGACACUUUUUCUCCUGUUGCUAAAUUAACAUCUGUCAGGUUACUUAUUUCACUCGCUGCAACUCAUGAUUGGCACUUACAUCAGUUGGACAUUAAAAAUGCAUUUUUGCAUGGUGACCUUAAGGAAGAAGUCUAUAUUGAGCAACCUCCAGGAUUUGUUGCUCAAGGGGAGUAUGGUAAAGUUUGUCGACUUCGCAAAUCUCUUUAUGGUCUGAAACAGAGUCCUCGUACAUGGUUUGGAAAAUUCAGUCAAUCAAUUGAACAAUUUGGAAUGAUAAAAGGCAAAUCAGAUCACUCUGUCUUUUACAAACAAACAGAAUCAGGUGUCACAUUGCUUGUGGUGUAUGUUGAUGAUAUUGUGAUUACAGGGAGUGAUAAUGCAGGUAUUUUGGCCCUUAAGAAUUUUCUGCAUAGUCAAUUCCAGACGAAAGAUCUUGGCUCUUUGAAAUACUUUCUGGGAAUUGAGGGAAAUUGGGGGCAAAACCAAGUACAACACCCAUGGUUCCCAACGUGCAACUCACUCAAGAAGGCACACCGUUUGAAGACCCAGAAAGAUAUAGAAGACUGGUUGGAAAGCUUAAUUAUCUCGCAGUCACUCGUCCAGAUAUUGCCUAUUCUGUGAGUGUAGUGAGUCAAUACAUGUCAUCUCCAACCAUUGAUCAUUGGGCUGCAGUAGAACACAUAUUAUGUUACUUAAAGGGUGCACCAGGACGAGGUAUUGUUUAUCAAAACCAUGAUCACAUGAGAAUAGAAUGUUUUGCAGAUGCUGAUUGGGCCAAUUCUAAAGAUGAUCAAAGAUCUACAUCUGGUUAUUGUGUCUUUGUUGGUGGU